AUGGGGUCCAUUCAGAGAACAUCGGCUUUUGCCAAAGCAGAGUUCAUUCCUCCCGACAGCAUCUUUGAGGUGACGAAGCGAUAUCUUGCUGACACAGAGCCACGAAAGGUGAACCUCGGUCAAGGGACCUAUCGUAAUGAGGAAGGCAAACCGUGGGUGCUGCCAUCAGUGAAGUUGGCGAAGGAGAAAAUAGGGGAUUGUGGGCAUGAAUACCUGCCGAUUGCGGGAUUGAAAGAUUUUCGUGACAGCGCUGUGAAGCUUGUUUUUCACGACACCAAGGCCUUGGAGGAACAAAGAGUUGCAUCAUGCCAAUCACUCUCAGGGACUGGCGCGCUACUUCUCGCUGGAUUGGCUCUCAGGAAAUCCAAUCCUGACAUUUCUACCUUGUACAUUACAGACCCGACCUGGUCGAACCAUGAGCUGCUCUUUGCUUCCAUGGGCUUUCUCGUAAAGACACUCCCGUACUACAAAGAUGGAGCGUUUGACUUCGCGAGUUACAUGGAGGUGCUCAAGACUGCGGAUGCACGCUGCGCCGUCGUUCUUCACGCAUGUGCCCAUAAUCCUACUGGAUGUGACCCAUCUCAGGAGCAAUGGAAGGAGAUUGCUGGUGUGGUGAAGCAAAACGGCAUCUUCCCCAUUUUCGACUCCGCGUAUCUGGGAUUCAACUCGGGGUCGGUCGAUAAGGAUGCAUGGGCAAUCCGGCACUUUGUGGAAGACUUGGGCCUUGAAGCAUCUAUUUGCCUGUCUUUUGCUAAGAGCAUGGGGCUGUAUGGAGAGCGGAUCGGACUUGUUACCUUCGUAACCAACUCGGCGGAGACAGCGCGGACAGUGGGUUCCAUUCUUGAGAAUGUACAGCGGGCCACAGUCUCCAACCCACCGGCUUACGGUGCCCGAAUUGCUGCGGCGGUGCUUGGAACCCCGGCCAUCGCACAACAGUGGGCAGUAGAUCUAUUGACAAUGUCCCAGCGCAUUCAAUCAAUGCGCCAAAAGCUGUACGACGCUCUAGUGAAGCGGCAAACACCCGGCGACUGGUCGCAUAUCGUAAAGCAAACGGGCAUGUUUGGUUAUACCGGAAUCAGUCCUUUGCAGGUGAAGCAUCUCGAAUCUGCGUACCACGUCUACAUGGCCGAAACAUCCCGCAUAUCCAUUGCAGGACUCAACGACGGCAAUCUGGAGUACUUUGCAACUGCAUUGGACGAGACUGUUCGGACGGUGCAUUAG